UAUAAUUGUUUAUCUGAUCCGCAUCUCAUCACCUUUCUUCUAUAUAGAUCCUCAACCUCCUCACUUCAUUGCAAUCCAUUCACUUUUCUUACAAUGUUGAACAACAAAUCUUCAAACCAACAACCAUUUCCGUUUACCUUCUUCAUCUUGCUUUUCAUUGGUCUGUCUUUGCCUGCUGCAAAGGCAAUAUUGAGAAAUGAGGAGCAAUAUGGCUCAGGUGCUUCUGCUGCUGCUGCAGGGUCUCUGGUAAAGAGAGAUCAACGGAGGGCAUUGGUUGUGACAGAGUAUGGAGAGAUCUCAUCCAUUGAUAUCAGUGAUGGGCACAGAGGGCCCUACCAUAUUCAGUUCAUCACCUUGGAACCCAACUCUCUCUUCCUUCCUGUACUUCUCCAUGCAGACAUGGUCUUCUAUGUUCAUACAGGCAGUGGGAGGUUGAGUUGGGGUGAUGAGGAUGACAUUAAAAGGGUGGCUAUAAAGAGAGGUGAUCUCUUUAGGCUUAGGCCAGGCUCUAUUUUCUUUGUACAGAGUGAUUUGCAGGCUGAGCGCCAGAAGCUUAGAAUCUAUGCAAUCUUUGCAACCAACACUGAUGAUGACUUAUACGACCCAGCAAUAGGAGCAUACUCUAGUGUUAGGGACCUGGUUCGAGCCUUUGAUCCGAAAGUGCUUCGAUCAGCUUUUAAGGUCUCUGAUGAAGUGAUAGAAUCAAUAAUAAAUGGAACAGACCAAUCAGGCAUUGUACACGCAGUGCCAACAAAGAAGGAAACUUUCUGGGAUUUGGAGGCUCGGUUCUUGAAAACCUUCCUGACAGGCAAAGAUGGCAGUGCAUUCAACAAGAACAAGAAGAAAACAAAGACCUAUAAUAUUUUUGAUGAGGGCCCAGAUUUCAAGAACUGCAAUGGUUGGAGCUUAACUGUGAACAAGAAAAACUCCCAAUUGUUGAAGGGAUCAAACAUUGGUCUUUUCAUGGUGAAUUUGACAAAGGGGUCAAUGAUGGGGCCUCACUGGAAUCCAAGGGCAACUGAGAUAGCAAUAGUACUACAUGGGCAAGGGAUGGUUAGGGUGGUUUGUUCUAGCACUGCAGCAAAGAAAUCAGAGUGCAAAAGCAUGAGGCUUAGGGUUCAUGAAGGAGAUGUAUUUGCCGUGCCGAGGUUCCAUCCAAUGGCUCAGAUGUCGUUUAACAAUGACUCCCUUGUGUUCAUGGGGUUCAGCACAACAACGAGGAGAAACUAUCCACAGUUUUUGGCUGGAAAAUACUCUGUUCUGCAGAGUUUGGACAAACAGGUCUUGGCGGCGUCGUUUAAUGUUAGCAACACAACGGUUGAUCAACUUUUGGCUGCACAGGCUGACUCAGUGAUUAUAGAUUGUACUUCUUGUGCUGAAGAAGAGGAGAGACGGAUGAUGGAAGAAAUUGAGAAGGAGAGGGAAGAAGAAGAAGCUAAGAAGUGGGAGGAAGAGGAGGCUAGAAAGAGAGCAGAGGAGAAAGAACAGAGGAAGAGAGAAGAAGAAGAGGCAGCAAGGAAGAGAGAGGAAGAAGAGGCAGCAGCAAGAAAGAGAGAGGAAGAAGCAGCAGCAGCAAGACAGAGAGAGGAAGAAGCAGCAGCAGCAAGACAGAGAGAGGAAGAAGAAGCAGCAGCAAGACAGAGAGAAAAAGAACAAGAAGCAGAAAGACAGAGAGAAGAAGAACAAGCAGCAAAACAGAGAGAAGAAGAAGAAGCAAAAAAGAGGGAAGGGGAGGGGAGGCAAAGAGAAGAAGAAAGAAGACAAGAGGAAGAAACAGAGAGGGAGAGGCAGCAACAAAAGGAAUGGGAAAGAAGAGGGCAGGAAGCACAGACGGAGCAAGAAGAGGCCAGGAGACAACAGGAAGAAAGGGAAGGCAAAGAAAGACCAGAAGAGUCAGCGAGGGAAGAGGAGGGGAGGCAAAGAGAAGAAGAAAGAAGACAAGAGGAAGAAACAGAGAGGGAGAGGCAGCAACAAAAGGAAUGGGAAAGAAGAGAGCAGGAAGCACAGACGGAGCAAGAAGAGGCUAGGAGACAACAGGAAGAAAGGGAAGGCAAAGAAAGACCAGAAGAGUCGGCAGGAAGACAGCCAGAGGAACGAGAGGGAGGUGGCAGAGGCAUUGAUGUUGAAGAGGGAAGGAGAUAUUUGAGGGUCUUGAAGGUUUAAUCGAUCUAUCUUCUCCAGUUGGCUCGGCUGUUCUGUCUUAUGAGUUUGGAUUGCUGCAUGUUUUGUUAAUAAAAAUAAUAUAUGUUAUGCUGCGUGUUUUCUUUUAAUGUAAUAAACUUCUAUGACCCAAGUCCAAAAUAAAUUUUGCUGCAAAUUAGAGGGAAAAAAAAGGAUGAAAAUUAUUUAUUUG